CGAGCCGUCAGAUUCGGCCAAAAGUUGUCCAAAACUGUCCUCUAUUUGUGGCAACUUUUGCUCAGCGUUUAUGUCUUCUUAUAUCCAUUCGCUUUGAAAUCAAACGACGAGUUGUGUCACGAAUUUAGCAAAUCUAUGGACUGGAAGAAUGGUCUGAUCCGAGCGUUUGAGUGGCACCCGAAUGGACACAAGUGUGCCGUUUGUCACAUAAAUGAUUGCAUUUAUAUCUAUUCGUUUGACAACACUUUCGUUCCGCUUCUCAAGCAUUCAUUGCAGACGAAAGUGACGUCCAUUUCGUGGAGUCCCACACAAGAGGACACACUCGCCGUGUGUUGUGAAUCAGUGAUCAUUUUAUGGACAUUAGAUCCAAACUCAAGACAAUAUCGGCCCAAAACUGAAUGCAUUCACAUAAUUAACUGCUCUAUUAGUCCGUUAACUGACGCCAAGUUUGAUCCGAGCGGUCGUUAUUUGGCCGCUUGUGGUCCGCAGUCGUCAAAGAUAUCACUAAUAGAUGUCGAC